CCCUCUCGCACAUGCAAAAUGGCCAACAUCACGGAAAAGUUUAUGAUAAAUGGAGAAAUAAACGCAUAUGGAAAACAUUUAUCUAGCUUAUGACGUAACAGUGAUGUAAGGAAACAGCCAUGACGUCACUACUACCUGUUACCAACGUGGUAAUUGAUAGUAACUCAGAUUUUUUUCUGAUUAUUUACGGAAGUUUUAAGAAACAGGCGAGCCCAUGCGUGGGUAUGUUGCGAGUACUCUAUUUGUCAUGUAAAUUGGCUCUGCCUUGCUACCAAGCAUUGUACAAUGGUUCAACAUUACGGAAAACCUGUCCGCUAGCUACAUGUAUGUAGCUGUAGUCCUCCUACCAGCGAGCGCAGACGCGCGUUGCAAAGGACGCCUCGCCCGUAGCUAGGCGAGCAGCAAGGAGUAAUCAAUUUCAGUAGUACCGUGAAUAGCAACGUUUUACCGGGCGAAUGUGGUUUUACCGUCAAACAACGAUAGGAACUUGUUGAACAAUCGGAAAACAACUAUAGUUAUAAACGUAUAUACAUUGGAUUACCUAAUGGAACGGAAAGACAGAAUUGUUUAAAAAAAAUGGAUGUCAGCUUUUAAUGGAAUUGGACAUUUCUAUAUUACGAUAAGUGUAUUGAGGACCUACCCUUUAGCAUAAUGUGUUUGUGAGCAUUUUGUUAGUUUUCUUAAAAAGAAUAAUAUUUUGUACAUUUAAUGUUUUGGCAAAUUUCUUAAUAUAACCUUUGUUUGGUGUUUUCAUAAAGGAUUUCCUAAUUGUGCGUGUGUACACUUCAAGUAUUUUUGUUUUGCUUUGAGCAUCACUUAACAGAUCCUUCCGAGCAAAUCCGUGUGUGGUUUUCAUCAGAAAAGUGAUACAUUUUCUCUGGGAUGUGUUUUAUCUUCAGUCAAACUUGUGAUUUCUAGAAACAAGUGUGUGACUAUUAUUGCAGUGGGAAAGAAGACUUGGCGUGACGAUGCUUUCAACGCAAAAUACUUAGGGUGAAAAUGGCGAAAAAGAUACGUUGGAAAUUUUUGAUUUCAGUAUAAUGCGUUGAAGGAAAAGCUUCAUUAGUAAGCGAGACAGACGGCCCCACAGUGACCUACAUGAAUGUGGCGGGACUUUAUUGGGUGGAUGACACUGCAACUAAUAAAUGCUUCCAGGGAUUGGAAACUUGAACAGCCAAAGGGCUAACCCUGGACAGAGACGCUAUGGCAAACGAAAGGACAGUGCGAUAAGGACAUUAGUUGCGGAGACUUUAGUGUUGGCCAAAACACACGGGUACGUGGAAAAGAUCGAGAACGAACUCGAAGAGGAACUUCAGCAAGAUAUCGACCCUCCAAAAGAAAACCUCGGCAGAAAGGGAAUACAAAAGAUCAUAUUCUGUGGGUGGAGAAGAAAGGGCUACCAAUUCUUUAAGAGCAAGUACAUGCUCCUGACUGUCGUCGUGUUGUGUAUAACGGACUGUGCUCUUGUACUAGGGGAGCUAACGCUUGAUCUACAUAAGGUCAAAGUAACUCUUGAAGAGAAUGAAAAAUUAACCGAGAGCACGACUACGUUUUUAAAGAACAUGAGGAGUCAGCAUCAGCACUAUUUGAUUGGGAAGCAGUUUCCGGAAGUGUUUGAUAUGCUUAUGGCAGCAUCUAUCCAGUGGAACAUAUCAGAGUAUAAUUUAGCUCACACUGAGGAGGAAAACCUCAAUGUAAACAACAUAACGAAUCGUUACCGUAGGACUUUAACAAAGACGACGGAACACGCGGCACAGACUUCUGACAAUCACUUUAUAGUGGAUGACGCUGCCGUCAAUGAACAUCACCAUUCUAAAGGACAAAGCAUACAGGAAGACAUAGCACAUGCAUUUCAUUUUGCUAGUAUAUCUAUAUUAGGGAUUAUAUUAUUAGAGACCAUACUCAAGGCACUAUGUGCAGGUUGUAUAUUUUUUCAUCGACGUCUCGAGGUAUUCGAUGCGUUCAUUGUGAUUACGUCCUUUAUUGUUGACACCUGUCUGAUGGUGUACCUUCCAAUGUAUGAUACCAGGGACUUUGUUUUCAUACUGGCCUUUCUGCUCCCUUGGAGGGUCAUCCGGGUAGUCAACAGUCUGGUUGUGGCUGUGAAGGACCAUGAACACUUCCGGUUAAAGCUUGUCUAUAGUCGUAAGAAGAAGAUCCAGCAUAAUCUCAGGGAGGCGGAAGUCAGAAUGCAAAUAUUUAAGUAUCAAUGCAACGCGUUAAAGCGUCUGUGCCUAGCAGAAGGUCUAGACGAAUGGAAGAUCGAUCAUUGUCUCAAGGCAGAGCAAAAAUAUCAACCCACGAUCGGCAAGAAAAAGUGUAAAGUUAAAAUCGACAGUUCGACACUUUCUCUGAUCACGGAAUUAGACGAAGGUUGUUCAUCUACCCGAUCGUCUCCCAGGCAUUCUCUGCCCUCCUUGGAUUUCCCUGGACUGCGGUUCCUCAAUGGACACUCCAAACACAACGAAACCAACGGGAGUAUCGAAGAGAAUGGCAACGACCUAGAUCAGCAGCACCAAAACGCUUAGCGUAGCGGAGAGCAACACCUAGCGAUAACGUUAGGUGGAACUAUAUCUUGGCAACGCUUUAAAAAGACGUCAUCCAACAACUCUUAAUUUGCUGUUACCUAGCAACACUUUAUUGUUACCUGGCAACAUAUCUUAUUAGCAAUCCUGUCAUAUUAUUGUACGUUUCUAGCAGCAUCACUUAUUGUAUAUAGAUUCAGUGCAUAGCAUUCAGAGAAAGCGACAGUAAUAUGUGUUACGCAAUGAAAAACCAACACCUAACCACCGGCAGAUCAAAAUAGCUGUUGACUGAUGAUAGAUCAUUGUUAGAACAUGGAGUUUUCGGGGACUUUUUAUAAUAUUUCAUGAUAUAUCAAAAUAAAUCAUAUUCAUAGAAUAACAAAGGGGUCGAAAUACAGAUUUUUAGUUUGUAUGGAGUUAAGUUUAUUCAUUGUUUAUAUCAGAAAUACUAAUGUUAUUGUUACCACGUUUAAAUUAGUGCGUAGAGUAUACCUGUUGGGCGGCGUGCCUUUUGUUUUACUGUGUACGUCCUGUCUGGUCCGUGCUCCUGCUGAUAUCAGCAAACAUAGUACAUCGGUCUUCAAACUCUUCUAACAUGGAAUGCAUUAGUCAACAUAAUGCCUUUUUGGUUUAUUUUGUAAAUCAAUUCAUGUAAAAAAGGACGAGUACAUUUCUGUUCAUAGUGUAACUUAUUUAAAUGGAAAUAUACUAUUCUAAUUAUUUGAUGACUACAAAUUUGUUUGAUUAUGUUGUAAUAUAUAAUUAAAUCCAAUGUGUAUUAUUCAGCAUAUCUACUGAGAUGAGCUAAUGCGUAUUUGAAAUUUUUAUUGUAUUUAGUAAAUGCAAUCGAGGUCUUUCAAAAUUUGUAAUAUAAGAAAAGAUAUUUCAAUUGUCUUAAUAUUUCUUAAAGUCUUUUCUUCAUGUACAAUAUCAGUAAUUAAAUGUUGUAUGUCAUGACUGCGCUGUAUCAGAUAUACCAUGUAUUUAGCUGGGAGCCAUAUGCACCUUCAGUCAACAAGCGAUGCAAACAGUUGUCAGUAUCAGUAAUCGUGUUUAAAUACUUCGCUCUGAUUGUUGUUUUCCCAAAGAUAAAAAUCUACAAUAUCACACAGUUUUAUUAUCAAACUAUUUUUUGAUUACCUGUUGGAUAAUGCGUUUGACAUUUUAAUAUGCAAGGUGAACUCCCUUCUUAAUGUAUUAUAUGCAUAUAUUGUAAUGUUUCAUUUGUAAAUAUCCUUUGCUGUCUCUGUAAUAUACGCGCACCACCAUGUAUACAUUGUCACACGAGAGGAGAGUGAUAAUGGAGGGAGGAAGAGGAGUACGAGAAGAAAGAGGAAGAGACGAGUGAGUAUCAUAUACGCUAAACAAUACAUAAGCAUCAUGUUCGGAAAUUCGUGUAGGGGAAAGAUUAAUUUUGUUCGCCAAAAAUAGGGCAUGAUUCCAAAUAAAAGCAAGAUAGUUUUUUCCUUUUUACGACUGCAAUGCUGAAAAACGAAACAAUAAACUUAAUUAAGAGUCGUAUAUUACAAGCGAAACAAAUGGUAUGCAUUUGUUUUCGGUACGCUCUCUAGAACGUUUGCCAACUGAUACAAAAAGCUGCGUUCAUUCUCAGUGACGAGAAGUGAAGUAUGGUUUUGCUAAUACGAGUUUGGUAAUUCAUUUUUGAGCCGGAUUAUCCAUGGCAGUAAUCGACCACGGUUAUCUUAAUAUAGCUGUUGAAUAUGUUAAUACAUCAGGAAUUUAGGUGAAAGUAACAUAAUAUUCAAAUCAUUCGAAUAACUGUUGGUAAAAAAUUGAUUAUAAAUUAACGCUAUGAUUUCAGUGUGACGUCAUGCUUGGCGCAACACUAUGUGAUGCACAAUUGAUGACAUUAUUUGUCAAGUGUUCAUCCAUUAUAAGUGAUUUGUUCUUUAUAAAAGACAACUUAUAGUCUUAACUCGUGUGAUGUACAGUUACAAAUCAUUCAGUAGUGUUUGCACUUGUGAAAAUAUUCCGUAGUCAACGUCAUUGAUAGUUGAAAUAUAACAAUUCACGUAGAAAGAGAAUAUCCUAAUGCCAACAGUAUUUUAAGUUAUACAAUAGGGUCUCGUGCUUAACUACUUAUAACAUGGCUGGAUGUAGGAAGAAUGCUUAGGAUAGCAAUGAACGGAAAACGAGAAAAUGUUCGCCAGCUUAAUAUAAUCUGACUGAAAAAUGGUGCAACUGGAAUGUGUAAUGGCUGAAUAGUGGUACAAACGGAUUAAGGAAUGUUUAAUAGUGGUACAUUCCUACUUGUGAUGGCUGGAAAGUGAAACAAACAAAUUCGUGUAUGCUGGAUAGUGGUACAACCAGUUAAGUGAUAGCUGGAUUAACGAGGGUUGACAUUGUAUUCCUGGUGUGAUAUGUGAGAUUUAUUCAAGGCAUGUACAUAGCUUUUAUUGUGUGUUAUGUAGUUUCGUACUUUGGUAAAUAUGUCGGUCUGGUGUCCGAACGAGACUCUUCCCUUGAAUGCUGAGUCGUACAACUCACAGCCAAGGUUAGAUAAAUCUCGGAACAACUGCAUUUAUCGUCCUUUGGAACAUCGCGCGUCUGAUCCUGUAUACAGUAUAUUAUUAGUCUUGUAUUGCAAAAAGUUGUAAGAAAAAAACAAUGCUUUGUUGAAAAAGAACAUUUUAGACAUUCCGCAGUUCAGAUUUUGUUUUUAGUCACCAUUGGCUAAUGAUAAUUUAGGAUUUAGAUCUGGCUCAAACAAUCAGCAAGUUUCCUUUAUGGAAUUAAAAAACGUUACCUGAGAAUCGUUACAACAAGCGUUCAUUAAUUCCCUUACUUGAGGUUAUUUUCUCGGUGUUGAAAAAAGAUGAAUUUUAGUUUUAAACUGUUUAAGAUUCAUUGUUUCAUUGUACCGAAGAAGAAGAUGUACGACAGAGAUGUUCAGCUAGUAUUCUUCUCAAAUUAGUGAAUGAUAGAACACCUCGAUUUUUGUCAAAAUUAGAGAAAUUCGACGUAAAGCUAUAGUAUUUCAUUAAGGGUACAAUAUUCAAAGAUAUGCUUUAAUACAAUACAAACAAAGUUAAAAUGUCCAGGUUUUCAUUUUGUCAAUGACAGUGACGUUAGAGUAAAUAUAUGAAAACGUCCCAUUAAAAAAAUACAUAUCGAACAGACAUGAACAUGGAGAAAAAGGAAAAAAAUCUAGUCUGAACUGCUACCUGAUAAAUACAGCGGGAAAUAUGCAGAAUUUAUAGUUGGUGUAACAUUAAUACUACUUAUUUUUGAAAAUCACUUUUUCAAAGCACAUGUCCAAAAUGAAGUACAGGAUCGGGCGAGUUGUUCCGAAUGGCAUCAUCAUAUAUAGAGUGACAAGGAUGUUGUUUCACGUCUGUGUCGGUAGACAGAGAAUCAGAUUAACAAUCAAAUGCAAUUCAAAAUAAUAUUGAACUGGAAAGAAGAUUUGCUUAAAAAUCUUUAUUGAGAACUGUUUUGGCUGAGAAUAACCAGCGUUUUCUGAACAUUUAUCUGUUUUAUAUCCUAAAUCUAAAAUGAUAUAUCCCAUAAAACAUUCUUCAUAUUAUUCACUAAAAAAGAAUGCUAUCCUACAGACUAUGUUCAGCCUACUGAAAGGACAUACAAUGUGUUGUUCAGGUAGUUGACCGAGGAUAAUCCUGAAGGAAGAUGGCUGAACAAGUGUUUGACGAGACUCAAUUAUGUGUUUGGUAUCUCUCUACCAUGACAGACGUGAACACACUUCCUCCCUAACAACUACUUGUAAAUAGAAUUGGAGAUAUUUAGAUAUAUUGGUACUCGGUGUAAGACUUGUUAACAUUGGUGAAUGAAGCAAAUUGACUGUGAUUAGAAACUUUUAAACAUAGAUAUUAAUUUUCCAGCAAUAACUGUAUUUUACAUACAGUAGUUAUAAGUACCUACUUUAUUUCAUUUUUGGUGUUUUUUGUUCCAUUCAUGGAGUUUUUACGAUACUAACCUCUUAAUUUGACUGUUGUCUUUGUUGUAAAAAUGUAUGUUGAUACGUCACAGUGGUGUAAUUAUUAAAAGUUUGGGGAUUUCUAUUAACAAUUUAACGGCGGCAUAACAUGUCUCUUGAAACGAUACACAUGUAAAAUAAACCUUACUUAUAAUGGUACAGAUAUGGAAUCAGGACUGAAGUAAAUAAAAAAAUAAUUUUGGCAUGCAAAUAAAAUUUAUAAUACAAAUUGUUUCAUUCAUUUUUUUCUAAUUCCAGAUAUGUUUUAGGUUGACAUUUAUGAUAGCAAAACAUGCACAAUUGCAUGCGAAAUAUUUCCCAUCAAUAAGCAAGGUAUAUAUAUUUUUUAAAUAUAAUGGUUUAAGUUAGAGAUAAUUCAGAUUGAAAUGAAGAAAUGCUGACUGUUCAUAAAGAUCUGAUUUUGAAUUGAUUUCAAAGACCAAUACUUUAUAAAUAUAUGUAUCAUACAUGUAUCUCUAACGUUCUAUGAAUUAUAGGAAUACACUAUAAUUUUAUGUCACUUCAACCGCUUCGAUUUCAAUUGAAAUCCCUUAACAGUUUGUAAAUAAUACUGUUAUGAAAUAUACUGCACGUACGUAGGUAUUCUAGUCAAUUAACACAGGACUACAACUCAAGUCUGACUUUAAACAGACACGAACUUACCUGUUGACUGUUGUAAGUAUCUUACUUAUUAUAAAACAGGUGUAUGGAUACAAGUUAAUGAUGUUUUAGUACUGAUUUCUUGAACGCAUGGAUGUUUUAACUAAAGGUGUUAGUAUUUUUGGGUGUCGUUCGUAUUCUGUGUCGUUAGCAUCCGUCCUUCCAUCCGUUCAGACCCCCAACAAAAAUAUGUCGGGUCAGAAAGGUUCAGUGUUACUCAGAAAUUAUAUAUCAGCAUAUUUCAGUAAAAAAACUGUG